AUGGUCUUCACCAGAAAAUAUAAACCUGAACCCAUAGAGACGUUAAAACUCUGGGGAAAGGAAAUACCGUUUACAGACUCGGUGAAAUACUUGGGACUGAUUCUAGAUCCUAAGCUGAGCUGGGGAAAACAUCUCAUAGAGCAAAGGAAAAAGUUCUAUGCAUCCAUGUGGAUGUGCAGAAGGGCAAUGAGCAAGUCGUGGGGCAUCAGCGCUGGUGCAGCAUUAUGGCUGUACAGGGCGGUCCUGCUGCCGCGGCUGCUAUACGCGUCAGUCGUCUGGUGGACGAGAAUAAAUAAAGGGGAGGUGGAGAAACUACUUAGAAGCCUGCAAGGUAACUACCUAAGGGCUGCAGUAGGGGCCAUGAGAACCACACCCACAGAGGCGCUUGAAAUAGCACUCAUUGUCAGUGUUACGCCAAUAGGAUUGGCUGCGAUAAAAUCAGCCAAUACCACGGCAUACCGCCUGAAAUGUCAGGGUGAAUGGAGAAACACAGGACUGGGACACACCAGGCUAGGUCUUCUCCAAAAGUACCCUAUUGAGGGAAAACAAGACAGAACCACAAGAAAGUAUCAACUGGUAAAACAUUUUAAAUUAUGGAUACCUGAUAGAAACGAGUGGCUGAAACCGGGCGGGAUCAUGGACACAAAGGUGGACAUGUGGUUCACGGACGGGUCAGGCAUAAACAAUUGCUUUGGAGCAGGAGUAUAUGGACCUGGGGAAAACCAUAGGGAGAGUAUUCCAAUGGGAGGCGACUGCACGGUCUUUAUGGCAGAGAUGCUCGCCAUCCUCAGAUGUGCCGAACUGAUCCUAACCAAGGGAACAAAUUGCAGGAAAAUAUAUAUCUGCACGGACAGUAGGGCAGCCCUUCUGGCGUUGGCGGGUGCGACCACCGAGUCAUACUUGGUAUGGGACUGCAUGCUGGCGCUGGAGGAGCUGUGCGGAAAGAACAAAGUAACGUUAGUCUGGGUACCCGGGCAUCAGGGCAUACCGGGAAACGAAAUAGCAGACUCACUGGCUAGAGAAGGGGCUAGCAAAGCACCACAUAGUCGGGAGGUGGGAGUGCUCUUUACGAUGGGCAAGAACUUCAUCAGAGACAGUAUAAACAAACAACACAAGGCCAGAACCAAAGAACUACUUACACUGAAUAGGCAGAAAUUGAGGAUGGGGAUAGGACUGCUGACAGGACAUUCACCAAUACUCAAAGCCCACCUAUUCAAUAUCAGACUCGCAGACAGGAAGGAGUGUCGACUAUGCGGGGAGGAAAAAGAGGACAGCAUACAUAUUCUGUGCCAAUGUCCGGCUCUGGCUAGAAAGAGAUUCAGGAUCUGGGGACAAAGUUUUCUUAAAUCCUAA